AUGGGACUCCCUCGAGCAUUGGUUGUGGCACUCGCCUACGGGUCAGUCGCACAUGCAUCAUACGAUGUCUUUGACUAUGUAAAUCCUCUGAUUGGAACCAGCAAUGGAGGACACGUCUUUGCCGGCGCAACUCUUCCAUUUGGUCUUGCCAAGGCAGUAGCCGAUUCUGUGAAUGACAACGCGGGCGGCUAUGCCUCGGACGGCGGUCCCAUCUCUGGCUUCUCUCAUAUGCAUGACAGCGGAACAGGUGGUGGCGCUUCUCUUGGAAACUUCCCUCUGUUCCCUCAGAGUGGCUGCUCUGGUGGAAACCUUGACAACUGCUACUUCACCAAAACGGACCGCCAGUCUCUACCGAUUGAUGGUUCUAUUGAGGCGCACCCUGGGUACUUUUCGGUUACUCUCAACACUUCCAUUAAGGCGGAGAUGACCGUAUCAAAUAAGACGGCAUUGUACCGUUUCACCUUUCCGGAUCAGCCUGUGCCUAUGAAGGGUGGUGACGCAACGGGGGACAAUGCGAUCCCAUAUGAACCCGUAAUCUUGGCCGAUUUGACUGACCUGUCCGACUCUCGGAGCAAGGGAAGCGUUUCUGUCGAUCCAAACAGUGGAAGAAUUACUGGCUCAGGAACAUUUAAUCCGUCUUUCGGAGUUGGUACAUAUACUCUGUACUUCUGUACCGAUUUCCAAGGCGCCAGCAUCAAGAACACUGGCGUCUUCCAGAACAACAGGGCCGGUACCAACUUCAAGCAGCUCAACACCGAAACUGCCACCGUUACCGGUCCUCCUGUGCCUGGAGGCGCGUUCGUCCAAUUCAAUAAGCCCAGCAAUAACCAGAUUUUGGCCAGAGUUGGCUUGUCGUUUAUUAGUGUGAACCAGGCAUGCAGCAAUGCUCAAUCUGAGAUCCCCAAGUUUGACUUCCAGGGAACUCUGGCGACUGCUGAGGAUGCAUGGCGACAGAAGUUGGGAGUCGUAAAGGCCGAUAACACGGGAGUGGACCCAAACAUUCUGACCACCUUCUAUUCAGGAUUGUAUCGCUCCAUGAUCUCGCCUCAGGACUACACCGGAGAGAAUCCUCUGUGGAAGAGCAAUGAACCUUAUUAUGACUCCUUCUACUGCAUCUGGGAUUCAUUCCGCAGCAUCCACCCACUUCUUACCAUUGUCGACCCGUACAGCCAAACACAGAUGGUUCGUGCACUCAUUGACAUUUACCGUCACGAAGGAAAGCUUCCGGAUUGCCGCAUGACAUUCUGCAAGGGUUGGACACAAGGUGGUAGCAAUGCUGAUAUUGUGCUUGUGGACGCGUACUUGAAAGGCCUUCACAAGGGUGUUGAUUGGCAGACUGGAUACGAAGCCCUGAUUUCGGAUGCUGAAGAUGAACCUGUGAAUUGGGGUAUCGAGGGACGUGGUGGAUUAACCAGCUGGAAGGCGCUUGGGUAUAUCCCCACUGACGACUUUGACCCCAAUGGUGUCGGUACAUUCUCGAGAUCCAUCUCUCGAACAGUCGAGUAUGCCUACAACGACUUCUGCAUCGCCGAGAUGGCCGAGUCUCUGAACAAGAAGGGCGAUGCUGAGAAGUACUUGAAGCGCUCCAAGAACUGGAAGAACAUGUGGAACCCGAACCAGAACUCGUACGUCUACAUCACCAAUCCCGAUGGCUCAACCGGCUAUGUCGACAGUGGCUUUUACGGAUUCUUGCAACCGAGAUAUCUCAAUGGAACCUUUGGCUACCAGGAUGCCAUGAUGUGCACGCCCAUGUUCCGGUUCGACGACUGUUAUUUGGUGCCCACUGGCCACGAGACCUACGAGGGCAGCAGCUGGCUCUACACUUUCUUCGCCCCCCACGACAUGGCCGAUCUCAUCACCACUCUUGGCGGCCCAGACACUUUUGUCAAACGUCUCCAGUUCCUCCACAACACCCCCAAUUUGCUCUACUUUGGUGAUGAACAAGCUUUCCUUCUCGUCUUCUUGUUCCACUACGCUGGUCGCCCAGGCUUGUCGUCGUACUAUAGCCACCACUACAUCCCCUCGCAGUUCAAUGCCAAUAUCAACGGUAUCCCCGGCAACGAUGAUUCCGGCGCAAUGGGUGCCUUCAGCACUCUCACCAUGAUGGGCUUGUGGCCAAUGGGCGGACAGAACGUGUACCUCAUUCUGCCGCCGUUUUUCCCCGAGAUCAGCAUCAAGAACGGACUGACGGGCAAGACGGCGACGGUGAAGAACAUCAACUUUGAUGGAGGCUACGAAAACAUUUACAUCCAGAGCGCCAAGCUCAACGGCAAGCCGUACACAAAGAACUGGAUCACGCAUGACUUCUUUGCCAAUGGAGGUGUGCUGGAGCUGACUCUGGGCAAGAAUGAGAGCAGCUGGGGAACAGGCUCUGCCAGUCUGCCACCAAGCUUGGAUCUGGAUAUUUAG